AUACCACUUUCAAAAUAAUGAAUUUGUUGCCAAUAUGGCGCCGAACAUGCGCUGAGAUGUGGAAAUGUUUAUGUAAUUUGAGGAAAAGAUAGAAUCAAACAGUGGAUAUCGGAAAAAGAGCGACUGUUUACCGGUGGUUGCUGCGGGUCGAAGGUGGGAAUCUCAGACAGCGGAAAGCGGGAGAUCAAUCCAGGCUCAGAAUUGAAGAAUGCCAGUCGAUUGGAUAAGCUAUUCCUAUGCUGCUAUUGUGACAGUGGGUGGCAUCCUAGGAUACACUCGGAGAGGGAGUGUGAUGUCUUUAAUUUCUGGACUGCUUUUUGGAUCUCUAGCAGGAUACGGUGCUUAUCAAGUUUCAAAUGACCCGCAAAAUGUGAAGAUUUCCUUGAUAACUGCAGGAAUUUUGACCACAGUAAUGGGUGUGCGCUAUAGAAGGUCUGGAAAGUUAAUACCCGCCGGUCUCAUCGCUGGUAUCAGCUUGUUUAUGGUUCUACGAUUGGUAAUUGUGAUGCUUUAAAUCUACAAUCAACUCACUACAACGUAAUACAGAAUUGCUAUAAAUGUUUUUACUCUAGGAUCAUCUUUAGAUGGUAACUACUCUGCAAAAUAAUUCUAGAGAAGUCAAAACUUGAUACAAAGUAACAGUUCAAUCAGAGAUAUCUACUGUAGCAAUAAUUGUUUGUAUUUAUAUUACUUUGUGUACUAAUGAAGUUGGGCCAAAGUUGUAACAAGCUGGCAUGCAUCCCCUUUUCAGAUGGCAUCACUGACAAAGUAAUUCUUAGACUAAUGUAUAAAACAAAUUUAUGAACAUUAUUACCAGAUGUGUAGGUGUACAGAUAUUAGGGGACCUUAAUAUGUUUUGCCCUUUCUAAAUGUUUGAAUCACUGUAAUACAUCCCACAUGCAGUUGAUUAAACUUUUGGACUUA